AGGGUCGCUGUCAUGACCUCUUGUGCGUUUUUCCACAGCUUGGCCUGUAACGCAUUCAGGAGGAACCCUGAGUGAGAAGUAGUUACUAAUACGAAGCUUUACAGGAAACCUCUUGCUCAAAGCAUGACCUACCUCGUGUGUAUUGUUGGUAAUUAGCAGAAGUGCUGUCACCUGGAAAUAAAAGCAGCAGCAGCUGUGAGCAGGUCUGACUGCUGACGGCUGGAAAUAUACACACAGGCGUGUUAACCUGAAAUAUGGCGUACAGAUUUGACCAGAGCAAAGUUGGUGGAAAACAGGAACUUUCAGAUUCGUAUCUCCAGAGGGACCCAAACACUUCCUGGUGGGCUGACGGACAGGCCUGCAAAGAGCAAGGAGAUUCCCUCAGGGAGCAGCUCAGAGUGACGGAUGAGCAUGUGGCCAGGCUACAGGGAGAUCUGAGAUCUGAGCGUUUAAAAAGUUCCCGUCUGCAGCUGCAGUGCAGCCAACAGGAGGCGGAGCUGAAGCGCAGAGAGAUGCUCUGCAGUAGACUGAAGGAGAGGCUCUCACAGCUGACUGACAGACACAAAGGGCCAUCUAUAGAAGUAAUAAACUUCCCUCCUGGAAGCAGAGGCAAAAGGGAGCAACUCAGCAAAUCGGUCAGGUUUACUGCCAGGCGAGAAGAGGCUGCGCUGCGCCUGAUGCUGGAGCGCAGGGAGGCCGAGCUGAGGGAGGCCAUGAAGCUGCGCCACAGCCUCACCACUCUGCUGCACGCACUGCGAGUCGACAUGGAGCAGGUCAGAGAAGGGACGAGUGGCCAGCAUCCAUGGUUUUUGGAUGUUACCCAAGAUGGAGAGAAAAAGUUGGAGGAAACUGAAGCGGCGCUUGGCGAGCACCUGACUGGAGGAGUGGUUCAGAGCUGGAGGCUGGUGCAGAAGAAGCUGCAAAGCAUCUUGUCCGAAGGUCAAACAGCUGCUGGUACCGACCACGAUAAGCUCAUAGCUCAGCUGGAGAUCGAACUGAAAGAAAGUCAGGAGGUGGUUAGAUUGCAGCAGCAGCUUCUGCAGGACAGCCUGGUCUCCACGGUCCCAUCCGAACUCUCGGAUUCCUACUUUUUGGAGGAGUGGGAACGUCUUCAGAUGUCCUGGGCAGAGCUGACUCAUCAGAGGAGGACUUUUGAAAGGGAGCGCCAAGUGUUUACCGACGCUGCCAUUCGACUGAGCCAUGAGCGGCGUGACUUUGAACAACAACGGGGCCUGUUCUUGAAGCAGCAGUAUCUGUGUGAUUCGCCUUUGUUUCAAAGAGAAGCAACAAACCGGAGGGACAGCAGUGCUUUCAAUUUCUCUGGUGUGGGAGGAGCUAACUUAUCCGGCUGUCUUCCCAUCAGUCCAUCACCCAGCAACUCUGGGAACGUUGCUGCUCAUGGAUUACAUGAGGGAAGGGUCAGAGUUCAAACGCCCAGCACACCUCAGCUGUACUCCGCUCUCAAUCUAUCAUACAAUAACCAGUCCAGAGAAGCUGAUCACCGCUUGGAGACGUGGGAGGGCGGCGUUGACAGGAGACCACACACAACCUGGCCUUCAUUUUUGAGCUGGUCGUGAUACAAACUGCUGCAGUUAAAGCACAUUCCACCUUCAGUAUUUGUCUUUUUAACAAAUUUAAUAAAAGCACUUAUUUUGUUUUUAAAACCUGGUUGUCGAUCAUUAUGCACCGCUGACUGAUGUUUUGAGACAUUCACUGAAUCUUACUACAAGUAAAAUCGUCUCCUGACCGCCAGGCUCAUGACUGCUUUCUGACGUUUGUUUUCUAACUUGAAUUCGAAAGCAAAAGAAACAAUUAUCCAGUCUUAAUCUGGAAGGACAAGAAGUGCUAUUUUUUCCAUAUCAUAGUGUGUAAGAUAAGCAUAAAUGCUAUCUUCUGGCAAUACCCAAGUAGCAGUGGAUCAACACACGGAGGGAAUAUUAAUAAAAGGCAAUGAACAAAUGUUUAAAGGGCAAAUACAGUGGCAAUAUUUUCUUGAUGCUAGAACUUUUGAUAAUCCCAUAUAAUUAAGACACUUGUCCCAAUGAAGCCUCUUCAGCUUGUAUGAGGCAUCUGGAAGUAGGCCCAUCUAGGUUGGGGUUCAGGGAGAAAAUCAUAAAUCCUGUGUCAUUCUGGGAGCACAGCGUCCUGUACUUCCACAUAACG